AUGCAUGAAUUACCCAGUUGGUUGAGGCAUUCACUCUCCGCUAACUUUGAAGCCUUUAUUGUCUAUUUUUGUGGAUUACGUUCUCAUACCUACAAGUAUAUUCGAAUAGAGUCCGUUACUGUCGAUCCAAAGCUAGUUUCUCUGGAGAAUCCAUCAUGUCUAUUGGGAUUGGAUUCCACUUCUGGAUCCGCGUUUCGCAUAUGGGGAAGUGAGGUAACAAAGCGGUGGAUCCGUAUCGAAAAUAAUGACUCAAUUGCAGGUUUUCUUUGUGGAUACAAAUCAGAUAAACCCAUAACUAGACGAACGAUUGAAAUAGAGCUCGCAGCCGAUACUUCCGAUGACUCAAACACAAAGUCUAUCACAUUUGACUGUUCAACAAAUUUAUGCAGAGAGGAAGGGGUCGAAACGAUAAACGUUGACUCAGAAGGAGGCGAACUCGAUGUUUAUUACUUGAGCAUUCGACCCACUAUGCCUUUGGAACAGCAAGAUGACUUCACAGACAUGGGGAACCAGAAGAAAAAGAAUGAAUCGUCGGCCGUCGGUUUUCGACUGGAACCUGUUGGUAGCACCGGGGGCUCUUUGUUGUGUGUAGGACAUCGUGGAAUGGGGAGAGAGGUAGAGGAUCGCUCGGCAGACAAGCAAUGGCCCGAGAAUACGAUUCUGAGCUUCUUGAAGGCUGCACAACUUGGUGUUCCGAUGAUCGAAUUGGAUGUCAUUCCUAUGCGAGAAUCCGAUGACAUGGUUAUUUAUCACAAUUUCAAUAUUGUCACAAAGAAGGGGGAUUGUAAAAUGAAGCAAUGCGGAUGUCCUCUGUACGAAAUUGACUUAUUCGCAGACUCGGGCAUAUGCAACAAAUCAAUGCUUAAUUUAAUCCCCACUUUUUCACCCAACGAAAUCAAGGCCUUGAAAUGGGGUCAGCAUUCGCAGUCCUGUGAGAAAGCCACUGGAGAACGCAAAGAACCCCAAAUUCAAAGCACUAAUCAGAAGAUCUUUCUUCAUCGAGGUUCUGAGCAGUCAGAAUACCUUCCUUUUUUCUCAGAUGUCCUCAAUGAAGUCCCACUCAGCUUGUCUCUAGAUAUUGAACUUAAGUAUCCCGCUGAUACCCCCUAUAGCGCUUUUCAUCUUAUGCAUGAGUUUAAUGUGCCCAAAGAAAAGCUUGCGGAAUAUGGUCACCCAAGUAGAUAUUUUUACUCAAUUAAUCAAUUUGCUGACCAAGUUAUUAGGGCGCUUAAUGCCAAUGGAAGGGGUCGAGCUGUUAUUAUCAGCACGUUCAAUGCUGAUCUUUGUCUUGCUUUGCGACUUAAGCAGACCACUUAUCCUGUUCUCUUCAUCUCCAGAGCUGGUAUCGAAUCGGAUUUGCCGUCGAAAAUUACUGUUCUUCCUCCACCACCACAUGGCCUUGAUCCAAGACACCGUAAUGCCGCUGCGGCUAUUGAGUGGGCACACUUAAUUGGUGCAGACGGUGUAGUGAUUCAUGGUCAACCGAUUUUAGAUGAAAAGGAGGGAGUGGGGUUGGCCCGCAAGUUAAAGGAGUACCGAUUGUCCUGUAUAUCCUAUGGACCCUGCGUUUCCACACCCGAGUUUAAGAUACGCGCUGAGGAGCUUGGUAUUACUGGGAUCUGUGUGGAUGAUGUCGAACACAAUCAUUGGUGA